GAACGCGACGCACGGGAACUUUGACCUGAAGACGAUUUACUCUCGUCUGCCCCUCCCUCCCUGUGAAGAUGGCGCUUUCCAGGGUGUGCUGGGCUGGGGCCGCUUUGUGGGGUUCGGCGAGGCCCCCUGGACCUUAUGUCGCCCGGAGGCUGCAGUUUGUUCGCUCUGGCCUGGCCUGGGGGGCCCCUCGGUCUUCAAAGCUUCACCUUUCUCCAAAGGCAGAUGUGAAGAGCUUGAUCUCUUAUGUGGUGACCAAGACAAAAGUGAUCAGUGGGAAAUACCAUCGUUUCUUGGGUCGUCACUUCCCCCGCUUCUAUGUCCUGUAUACAAUCUUCAUGAAAGGAUUGCAGAUGUUAUGGGCUGAUGCCAAAAAGGCUAGAAGAAUAAAGACAAAUAUGUGGAAGCACAAUAUAAAGUUUCAUCAACUUUCAUACCGGGAGAUGGAGCAUUUGAGACAGUUCCGUCGAGACGUCACCAAGUGUCUUUUCCUAGGUAUUCUUUCCAUUCCACCCUUUGCCAACUACCUGGUCUUCUUGCUAAUGUACCUGUUUCCUAGGCAACUGCUGAUCCAACAUUUCUGGACCCCAAAGCAACAAAUUGAUUUCUUAGAUAUCUAUCAUGCUCUCCGGAAGCAGUCCCACCCAGAAAUCCUUUGUUAUUUAGAAAAAGUUAUCCCUCUCAUUUCUGAUGCAGGACUCCGGUGGCAUAUGACAGAAAUGUGCACCAAGAUGCAACGUGGUACCCACCCAGCAAUACAUGAUAUCCUGGCUCUGAGAGAGUGUUUCUCUAACCAUCCUCUGGGCUUGAGGCAGCUCCAUGCUUUGCAGAUGAGAGCCUUGAGUCGAGCCAUGCUUCUCACACCUUAUCUGCCUUCUGUCUUGUUGAGACACCGUUUAAAGACGCAUACCACUGUGAUUCACCAACUGGACAAGGCUUUGGCAAAGCUGGGGAUUAGCCAGCUGACUGCUCAGGAGGUGAAGUCGGCUUGUUAUCUUCGUGGCCUGAAUUCCACCCAUGUUGCUGAAGAGAGGUGUCGAACUUGGCUGGGAGAAUGGCUGCAGAUUUCCUGCAGCCUGAAAGAAGCUGAGCUGUCCCUCUUGCUGCACAACACGGUCCUGCUUUCUGUCAACUACGUUGGGACAAGGCGCUGAGCGGACAUGGAGCGGAUGGCAUUGUCCUGCAGUCACAGUCCAGCAGCGUGGGACCAAACAGCACUUGUCAGUAAAGAGUCUGUGUGCACUCUUAGGUGUGUGGGAGGCCGAAGAGCAGGUGUCACGGGCUUCACAGUGUGGUGCCCAUGUCAGAGCUGGAACUGAAAGAAAUCCUUUUACCGGGGUGGCCCACGAGAGGCGUCAUCCCAACUUCUUCAGAAUUCGCUGGAGCUGGCAGCAGCCUCUGUACCGGGCUUUUACUGUGGUGUUUUAAGUUCAGAUCCCGGGAAGCCAGCUUUUGCUCCCAACUGGGAAUCCUUAUUUGGCCUAGGACUUACCCACUGCUAUAUUCUUCCAGCUGUUUUUGUUCAAGACAGUUUCUGCCUGGUGAGGGGAACAGUACUGCUUAAACUGGAGCCUUUACAUCCAUGUAUGUACUUUGAUGUUCCCCUCAACACUUUGAUAUGACCAAAAAUAGAGAUUUUUGUUUUUCAUUCCCCUCACAGGGCUAACCACUUCCCUUGUUUUCAAAUCCUUUGAGCACCUUAACUUUUUUUUUUUUUAAGUUAUUUACAUAUGGGAACAUUCUAAUGGAAAAGAAAAGGAAAUACAAGUGCUUCUUGACCCUUUCCCCAAGAGUUUACAGCCUUCACCUCCCUUGUCUUAAUUUCUGGGCUGUGCAACAGCCUCUGUGGAUCUUAAGCUCUUUGCUACCUCCACUGUGUUGCAGCGAUCCAACUGUAACUGACAGUGGCUGCCUUCUUUGGGCCAUGGAUCAAUCCUGUAAGGUACAAAUUACUGCCCACCCCUGGAGACCAGGAGAGCUCUACAUUGAGAUAGUAAGUUGGGUUCAGCUUUUGUCUGUGUACAUCAGUGACCUGUAGUAACUUAUUGUAAAUGCAUGAAGCACUGUUUUUAAACUCAAGUAAAGACUGCCUGAAACCA